UUCAUACAACCACUAUCUCUUCGUGAUACAUGUGAAAACGAAAAUGAUAUUUCAUUCGUUCAUAAUUUUGUUAUUUGCAUGUCUACAAAGCAUAGGUAGUUCUCAGAGUCCUGUACGUGUGAAUGUGACAAUCGCUUAUGAAUCCCUUUGCCCAGACAGUAAAAGGUUUUUCCAUAAGCAGUUUGUUCCAACUUUUAACAGGUUGUCUAACUAUAUGAAUGUAAAGUUUCUACCAUUUGGAAAUGAACUGAUUAGUAGAUUACCAAGUAAAGUCAAAUUCGAAUGUCAACAUGGCCCAAAUGAAUGCUACAGAAACAAGAUUCAAGCAUGUUUCAUAGCAUAUGAUGGAAACACAACAAAUCAAGUAAAAUUCAUCAACUGUGCAUUUGAUGUUAAAAAGGCAAAGAAACACGUUGAAAACUGUUUUGACGAUGAGAACUUUCACAGUAAAAUUAAACACUGCGCAGAUGGAAUAAUGGGUGAUGAAUUACUUUUGAAGACUGGACUCGAAACGCCUGCUCAUUCCUUUAUUCCCUGGAUUGUCAUUAAUGGUAAAAGUGGGAAGAACUUCAACAAGCGAGCUUUUGAACAUUUUAUGAACGUUAUUUGUGAUGAGCUUCGGGCAGAUAAACCUGACGAGUGCAAAUAAUGAUAUAUUGGAAAGAAAGUCUUGAAGUAGGGAAAAGAAUAUAGAAAGAAAGAAAAAACAAAAACAAUGUAAAAUAAAAAAAUUGUUGCAAUUUGUUUGAAAUUUGUAAAACCACUUUUAAAAGUUUGGUUUGGAAAUGUGGAGAAAUAACGAAAUAAAUUAUUUAUUAUUAUUAGUUUAUGGAA